GCUGGUGUGUCUCAGUGGCACUCAUGAAUGGGAACCGAGAGUGAGACGGAAGUACAGAGGAUGGCUGUAUUAGGGGAGACCCGCAGUUGGAGCCCCAAGCCGUGGGAUUUCAGGCGCUAUAACUGUGACUUCCACCACAAGUCUGAGGUAAUCUUGGUGCAGGUAAACCCAGGAGAGGCCUUCACGAUCCAGCGAGAUGAUGGUCAGUUUCAGUGUAUCACAGGUCCUGCUCAGGUUCCCAUGAUGUCCCCAAACGGUUCAGUGCCUCAAAUCUAUGUGCCUCCUGGAUAUGUUCAACAGAUCAUUGAGGAGAACGGAGUGAGGCGGGUGUUGGUCUUACCUCAGACGGAGUUUCAUCCGGGAGGCCAUUCCCCGCUUCACCACCCGCCCCCUCCGCCGCCCCACGCCACACACACACACACACACUUUUGCUUUACCAAGAAUACUCACCCUCCACAUGGACGUGCGGCAUUUGCUCACAGAGAUGAAAGGGCUAGCAAAACCUACGAGCGGCUGCAGAAGAAACUGAAGGAGAGGCACGGGGUGGGCGGAGGGGGAGGUGGAGGCCUGGCCCUCUCCAAAGACAGUCCCCCUCCGUCCCCGCAGAAGAGCCGUGGGACACCGCCGUCAGGAGGAGAUCUCCAGAACGGGCUGGGGGGUAAGGGUGCAGAUGAGCAAGCACAGCCCAGCACUGCAGUCACCUCCCUGGGCAAAAGUCCAGGGAGAGGGAAGGACACGGAAUCUGGAGUGAGCUAUUUGAAAGGCCUUUAUGCAACAUUUGACAGUCCUCUCACUGAGAAACCACCUUCUGAAGAACUUUGGGUGGCCCCAUCACAGCCAGAAGGUGACGAUGAGCCCAAAGAGGGAGAAGAAGGCCCUGCGGAGCCCAGCUUCACGUACGAGGUCUCAGUCUCGCACAGUGGCAAGGAUGGGAAGUUCAAGAGCGCCUACAGUGGUGUGGAACUAAGUGCAACCUUACAAAACUUAAGACCAGCAACAGACUACCAUGUCAGGGUCCAGGCCAUGUGUAACUGUUUACAAGGCGUUCCUUCAGAGCCUGUGAGCUUCACCACUCUGAGCUGUGAGCCAGACGGGCCCAGCCCGCCACGCAAAACCAGCGGCACCAAGAGCAGCCUUGUCCUGCAAUGGAAGGCUCCAUGUGACAACGGUUCCAAAAUCCAAAACUAUAUUCUUCAGUGGGAUGAGGGGAAGGGGACGGGUGCAUUUGAACAGUGCUACUACGGCCCUCAGAAGCAGUACAGACUCACCAAACUCUCCACAGCUUCCAGAUAUUAUUUUCGGCUGGCAGCCAAAAAUGACAUGGGGGUGAGUGAGUUCAGUGAUGUCGUCCACAUCAUGACAUCAUGCAGUGUGCCUGCUCCUCCCUUAAGCCCUGAGCUGAUUCAGUCCGGGGUCACAUGGCUCUGUGUGCGAUGGCACAGGCCUGCCGGCUCACCGAAAGAGGACGAAAUCAGCUACGUGCUGGAGAUGGAAGAGGAGGGCUCAGGUUAUGGGUUCCAGGCCAGUUAUGAUGGUGAUGAGCUGUCACACACUGUCAGAAACCUCCACAGGAGCACCACAUACCGGUUCAGGGUUAUCGCCUAUAAUGCAGAAGGGAAAAGUAACCCCAGCGGUGUGUCUGAGUUCACCACGGCCCCUGACAGACCAGGCUGCCCCUGCAGACUCACAAUGAAGGGAAAACCUCACCCGACCAGUUUCCGUCUGACCUGGGAUCCUCCAAAAGACAAUGGUGGUUCAGAUGUGGCGAAAUAUGUGGCAGAGCUGUCUGAAGGGUUAAGUGGUACGUUCCAAUUAGGUUUUCUGGUGUCUAUGGAGUGUGUUUGUGAUGGUCUGAGCCCAGGAUGUUCAUACCAGGCUAGAGUCCACUGCAUCAGUGCAGGAGGCGAGAGCCAGUUGACGGAGCCCUUGCAGGUCCAAACACCACCUGUUCCUCCUGGUCCAUGUCAGCCGCCCAGGGUCGUAGGCAAACCCAAAGCGAGAGAGGUGCAGCUACGCUGGGCGCCCCCUCUGGUGGAUGGAGGUAGUGCAGUGUCUUCGUACAGCGUAGAAAUGUUCGCUCCCCAGGUGGACGAGGGCUGGGAAGUGUACCAGGGCUCUGAACUGGACUGCACAGUGGGAAGUUUACUGCCCGGCAGGACCUACGGCUUCCGGCUCAGAGCUGCCAAUAAAGCUGGGUACGGCCCUUUUUCGGAGCGGUCUGAGGUCACGACCGGUCCAGGGGCCCCUGAGGUGUGUCGGCCCCCUCAUGUCACCUGUAAAUCACCGACAUGUGCUGUGAUCAGCUGGGAGGCCCCUCCCUGUAACGGAGCGGCAGUGUCAGAGUAUCGCCUGGAGUGGGGGGCGGCAGAGGGCAGUAUGCAGAUGUGUUACACCGGUGCUGCACUGUCCCAUGAGAUGAAGGGUCUGCUGCCAGCCACCAACUACUUCUGCAGAGUACAGGCAGUGAAUGUGGCCGGUGUGGGGCCCUUUAGCGACGCUGUGCUCUGCCAGACACCCUGCUCUGUGCCAGCGCCAGUCAGCAGCGUCCACACUCUCCGCGAGUCAGAGAUGAGAGUGGAGGGCAGCUGGACCACAGAGAGGGGCGAGGACGAGGAGGACGAAGAGGCCAGACCUCUCCUUUACUCUUCAUCCACCUGCCUGGGGCUACGCUGGGAGGCACCGUGUGAUCACGGUUCAGAGAUCAUGUCAUACCUGAUCGAUCUGGGUGAAAGACAACCCAUCCUUACUGGGCCCGUAACCAAAUACAUCAUCCAGAACCUGCACCCCGACACCACCUACAGGAUAAGGAUCCAGGCUCUGAAUAGUCUGGGAGCAGGACCCUUUAGUCACACCUUUAAACUGAAGACCAAGCCACUGCCACCCCUCCCUCCACGUCUGGAGUGCACCGCUUCCAGUCAUCAGACCCUCAGGCUCAAGUGGGGUGAUGGCCCGGCCAAGGCCCAACCCACUGAUUCCCUACAGUACCAUCUCCAAAUGGAGGAUAAAAAUGGGAGGUUUAUAUCCUUGUAUAAAGGACCCUGUCACACUCACAAAGUGCAGAGGCUAAAUGAGUCUACCUCAUACGCAUUCCGCAUCCAGGCCUUUAACGAGGCGGGCGAGGGGCCCUUCUCCACUGUUUACACCUUCACCACCCCCCGCUCCCCCCCUGCACCCCUAAAAGCUCCUCGUGUGGAGCGUGUGGACGAGUCGUGUGAGGUGAGCUGGGAGACACUGCCACCUAUGAAGGGAGAUCCAGUCAUCUACUGUUUGCAAAGCAUGCAGGGAAAUUCUGAGUUCAAACAGAUCUACAAGGGCUCAGCCACUUCCUAUCAGCUCCCAAACCUGAGCUCAUCCACGGAGUACCGAUUUCGCGUCUGCGCCAUCCGGCAGUGCCAGGAUGCCCCUGAAAUCAUCGGGCCCUACAGCUCCACUGUCAUCAUGCUCCCACCUCGUGUCGACACCCCCGGGGUCUCUGGCACCACGGGGUCCAAAGCAGCCGAGGCCCAGAAGCCAAAACGCAGCCUGACAGACGAACAGUUUUCUUUUCUCAUCAUCGCCCUCUUGGCCGUGACCUCCAUCCUCAUCGCGGUCGCCAUCCAGUACUUCGUGAUCGAAUGAGCCUCGGCCCCGCAUUACAUCGUCAAAACAAGUUUUUGUUUGUUGAUGUUUGUUUUUCUUGCUUUAUUUUUCGUUCAGGCACCAGCGUCGAGGAGGGAAGGAUUGAGAAAAGGAAGUUGUAGAAUCACUUCACCCGAUCUAUUGUUCUAUCUUUCCGCUACCCGCUGUCCCUUCCGCGCAUGCUGUCGAAAGAACGCCGUUCCCUCCGUCGGACUCGGAGGGCGAUUUAUUGAAGGAUCAGCAAUGAAGCUUACUGCUCGUCGCAUACUCAUCUCGUACCACUUCAUUUAUUUGUGUAGCUGUAGUCUUUGUUAUUUAUACGUAUCAUUUCAGUUGUAAACUGUUGAGUGUAAGUUUCGUUCAAAGCUAGCUUGGUGGUUGCGUCGCUCACCGGUUUGCUAUCUUGGGCCUGGGACUUGAGGGCCAGUGACUACACCGUCGACGAGGGGGUACGGGCGAGCAGAAGGCCUGCCGGGGGUUCUGAGCGAAGUCUACGAGUCCACAACUUAAAAAAGGCGAGGCGAGACUGAUACCGCUCAAACUGGCGAACGUUGAUUUAGCACUUUCCUCGGAACUUUUUUUGAUGUUCAGAAUGUGUAAAGGAUGCAAAAAUAACUAGAGAAAUGCUAUUAUAUUUUUGUACAGUAUGAUACAAGGACCUGAGAUUCUGGCUUAGUAUGGGGGAGUAAGACUAUGACUAUGAAUACCAAACUAACUCAGCUUAAUAGUUAUUUUUACUAUCAUGUACGUAUACUGUAGCUUGUUUUUACAAUCAAGCAGCUGCUUUGCUCCAAAAUAUUGUCGUUCAGCACAAUGUAUGCUUCUCGGAAACCUUUCCUUCAGUCGUUACCUUUGCACCUUAGUGAGAAGAGAAAAAAAUAAACUUAUCGAAUGCG